AUGCGAGCAGCCCAGCCGGCCCCGCGGCGGCUCGCGAACACCGGCGGCGCGGGCGCCCGGCGCGAACAAAGCUGCCCGCCCCCGCCCCCUCCCCCACCGCCGCCGCCGCCGCCCCGGCCGCCCCCCACGCGGCCCCCCGGCCCCGCCGCCUUACCUCGGCCGUCCGCCCGGCCCUGCCGGGCUCCGGCCGGAGGGUGGCGCCGCCCAGCGACUUCGGAAAAAGGGGGGGUGGGAGCUCGGCCGGGCGAGGGCGCGAGCUCCCGGCGAGGCGGAGGGGACGCGGGAGACCCCCGCGCGCUGUGGCCUCCCGCCGCCGCCGCCGCCGCCGCCGCCGCCGCCGCCGCCCGGCUCGGCUCCUCCCGGCCGCGCAGUCAGCAAGUUCCGAGGCGAGCGCGGGGGGAGGGGCGAGCGCGGUGGCGGCGCGCGUGCUCGCUGCUUGCCUGGCGGAGGGGCGCGCGCCGCCGCCGCCCGGCGGGCGCGAGCUCUUCCCGCGCGCUCCCGCGCGCUCUCUCCACGCCUCCUUUCACCCGGGGGGGCGCACGCGUCCGCCCGCGCGCGGCCAGGACAAAGAGCGCGGCGGGGACCCGGAGGACUGGCCCCUGCUGCCCUCGGCCGUGGAGCCCGUGCCGGAGGGGGCGGAGGCGCGGGCGCCGUCUCCCGGGGCUGCUGUGCCGCGGGGUGGCUUCCGGCCUGAGCCCGCCUCCCGAGCGAGGCUGCCCAUUGGGCUACCCGCCCCGCAGGCUGGGGCUGAGUGCCUUCGGCGCGAGCAGCCCGAGGUCGUCCCCCACGCUGGCCACAUGCCCUCUGCCUGCGCAGGGGUCGGCGUUUACCCCGAGGACCCACGUCUGGGCAAGGGCCCUGGGCUUGUGGUCGGGAGUCCCCCGCUGUCCUAGAAGCCUAGAGACUAAUGGGUGGACUCCGCAGUUUUUGCCCCAAGCACAAGUAGCCAAACCUACGAAAACUUCCUGUUUGCAGCCCAGACCUUCUCCGACUCUGAAAACUUGCUCCAGUGAUGGAACUCUAGAGGAAUUUGUGAAUUCCUCUCCCACAAAUGUUCAGGGGCAUGGGUGCUGGGAGAAUGUGGAGUUCACAGAGAGUGAGAAUGGCAGUCGUGACAGAUGAACUAGAGUUAAAGGAAAAAAGAAGACAAAAAGAGGAUUCUUUGCAGCUCAUCACUGUCCUCCAAGAUACCAUGACAUCACUACCUUGACCAGAAGCAACCUGUAAGU